CCAGUCUCUCGGCUGUCCUCUUCUCCCCCACUUCCGUGCUGCAACCCCACGUACUCCCAAGAAAUGGCAGGGCUGUUGUUGUAGUCUAGUGCUAGCCAUUCCGAGGGGCAGAUACGAGUUCUUGCGUCGAAAUGGCGGCCGUGCGGGUGGCGGCCGUGGGGGUGCUGCUGGCGGCCGUGGCCGUCGCGGCGGCCGCGCUGAACACGGACGGCCUGGCGCUUCUCGCGCUCAAGUUCGCGGUGACCGAUGACCCUGGCAGUGGGCUCGACACCUGGAGGGACGCCGACCCCGACCCCUGCGGCUGGGCCGGCGUCACCUGCGUCGACGGCGGCGGGGGCCGGGUCGCCGGCGUGGAGCUCGCCAACCUCUCGCUCGCGGGCUACCUGCCCUCCGAGCUCUCCCUGCUCUCCGAGCUCGAGACGCUGUCGCUGCCGUCCAACCGCCUCUCCGGCCAGAUCCCGGUCGCCAUCUCCGCGCUGCAGAAGCUCACCACCCUCGACCUGGCGCACAACUUCCUGUCCGGCCAGAUUCCUGCCGGGAUUGGGAGGCUCGCGUCCUUGUCUCGCCUCGAUUUGUCCUCCAACCAGCUCAACGGGACGCUGCCGCCGUCCAUCGCGGGGCUUCCGCGUCUCUCCGGCGUGCUCAACCUCAGCUACAACCACUUCGUCGGCGGGAUUCCGCCGGAGUUCGGCGGCAUUCCCGUGGCUGUCAGCCUUGACCUCCGGGGGAACGACCUCGCCGGCGAGAUCCCGCAAGUGGGGUCCCUCGUCAACCAGGGCCCCACCGCCUUCGACGACAACCCGAGGCUCUGCGGGUUUCCGCUCAAGAUCGAGUGCGCCGGAGAGAGUGAGGAGCCAAGAAUCCCGCAGUCGAACCCUGGCAUGAACCCUGGUGCGGCGGCGCAGGUUGGUAGGCCGCCGAAGCGUCGGUCGUCGCCCACGGUGCCGAUUCUUGCCGUCAUUGUGGUGGCGGCCAUCGUCGCCGGGCUAGUGCUGCAGUGGCAGUGCCGGAGGCGGUGCGCUGCCACGACCAGGGACGAGGAGAAGGAGUCGUCGACCAAGGAGAAGAGCGCGGCGGUGACGCUCGCCGGCACUGAAGAGCGGCGCGGCGGCGGGGAGGAGGGGGAGCUGUUCGUGGCGGUGGACGACGGUUUCGGGAUGGAGCUGGAAGAGCUGCUCCGCGCGUCUGCCUACGUCGUGGGGAAGAGCCGCGGCGGCAUCGUGUACAGGGUCGUCCCCGGCCGCGGCACCGCCGUCGCCGUCCGCCGUCUCAGCGAGCCCGACGACGGCGAUGGCACUGAGUCCGGGUGGCGCCGGCGCCGUGCCUUCGAGGCCGAGGCUGCCGCCAUCGGCCGCGCGCGACAUCCCAACGUCGCCCGCCUCCGCGCAUACUACUACGCCCCAGACGAGAAGCUGCUCAUCUACGACUACCUCGGCAAUGGCUCCCUCCACUCCGCCCUCCACGGUGGCCCGACGGCUUCGCCAACUCCAUUGCCGUGGUCGGUGAGGCUGUCCAUCGUGCAGGGCGCGGCGAGGGGACUGGCAUACCUGCACGAGUGCAGCCCUCGCCGGUACGUGCACGGCUGCAUCAAGUCGUCCAAGAUCCUGCUCGACGACGAGCUCCGUCCGCACGUCUCGGGCUUCGGCCUCGCCCGCCUCGUCGCCGGCGCGCACAAGACGGCGCAGUCGAGGAAGCUCGGCAGCGCGGCGUGCGCGCUCCGCAGCGGCGCCCUGUCGGCGCUGUCGUACGUGGCGCCGGAGCUGCGCGCGCCGGGGGGCACGGCCGCGGCGGCGACGCAGAAAGGGGACGUGUUCGCGUUCGGGGUGGUGCUGCUGGAGGCGGUGACCGGGCGGCAGCCGACGGAGGGGGAGGGCGGGCUGGAGCUGGAGGCGUGGGUGCGGCGAGCCUUCAAGGAGGAGCGGCCGCUGUCGGAGGUGGUGGACCCGUCGCUGCUCGGCGAGGUGCACGCCAAGAAGCAGGUCCUCGCCGUGUUCCACGUGGCGCUCGGCUGCACCGAGCCCGACCCCGAGCUGCGCCCCCGCAUGCGCGCCGUCGCCGAGAGCCUCGACCGGGUGAACUAGUCCGGCGAUCCAUCAUCAUUCAUUCCGGGAAACGGAAGCCAUGGCCCGUCAUUCUCAUCGACCAUCAGCAGCAGUAGUUCCUAAAAUCAUUAGCUCCGCAGAUUAGCAUUUGCCAACGUUAUUAGGUUUAGAGACGGUGAAGAAACCAGCCAAGAAUCGUUCACUGAUGUGCGUUUGGUACUCGUUUUUUUGUAGCUGCAACCUUCGCGGCCGUGUAUGUAUGUAACCGAUGAUCAUGAUCUGGACAAUUUGCAUCCGCCUUUCGCUAGCGCUUCGGAAUGCAGCAGCAGCAUUGUUGCACUUUUUGCGGUGAAAA